UUGACAUUGUUUUCUGAUACUAGCCUCGUGAUUACCCACUGAAGGACAUCUGUGUUGGCCAGACAGUCAUAGCCAAACAUAAGAACAGUCGAUACUACAAGGCAGAGGUCAUUGCAGAUUACCAACAGGCCUUCUACCAUGUGAAGUUUGAUGAUGGCUCAUACAGCGACAAUCUUUAUCCUCAUGAUAUUGAGAGUCAUGACUGCAUGAGAAAUGGCCCUCCAAGUGAAGGUGAUGCAGUUACAGUGCGUUGGACAGAUGGUCUCGUCUAUAGAGGCACCUUUGUCAAAAGCUACAUGGUUCAGAUGUAUGAUGUAGAGUUUGAAGAUGGUUCUGUAUUGAGAGUCAAACGUGAAGACCUUUACUCACAAGAAGAACCCCUUCCAAAGAAAGUGACUACAAAACUGUCUACUGCUUCGGACAUGCGGCAUGAGAAUUUCUGGGAAAACAAGAUAGUGAAGGAACGUCAUCGUCAUGUGUACAGCCUGUAUGCUUCAAGUGGAUCUGAACCCGAGGACAAAACAUCCAUUAAUACAAGAGACAAGGCAGCAAACAGUAGAAGUACUCAUGGCAUGCCUAACAAGGCAAUGCAGGAGGUUAUCCUGGCACACCAUAGUGAACAUACUGAAGAGAUCCUAGACCAAUCACAGGCAGUGAUUGAUGGAGUAAGACCAGAUAGAACACAGGACAACCUUACCGAAGCACUCAUUCCAGACACAGCACAAGCACAGGCAGAUAUGUCCCAGAUUGAAGUCUUCCCUCAAGAGAUGAAAGGAGAUUGCAAUAUUGAAGCAUGAUGUGUAUGGACGGACAGUUGCAGUGGCAUCACAUGGUAUGUGUGUGCCCAAUUCACAAUCAGAUAUUCUCUUGCAAUUUUUAUUGAACAAUUGCUCAACCAGUAAAUGUAGUUCAAAGUGGUUUCAAAUACAUCAGUUUUCAGUGAAUUUGUUCAUUUUAGAAUGUUAUUUAGGUAUUAGUUAUUUAUUAUAAAAGUUGUUAAC